AUGCCAAACCGAACUUCAACAGUGCCCAACUUCGAUCUUAUCUCGCGCAAGACCGAAUCGAAGAAAAAGAAGACAUUAUCACCUGCGACACCAGGUGACCACAAUUCUGACGGACUGAGCCCCUUAAGACCACGUUCGCCCAAGUCCGAAUCGAGCUCUCCACCUUUUAAAGGCGCAACGAUUCGCCCUGUCGCGCAAGACUCCGACAACAAGGCAACCGGCUCUAAUCUCUCACAUUCUCCUAGCACAGGCCCGGCGGGGCCUACUACACCCAGUAUCACAGCCAUUCCUCAACAUUUCCCUUCUCCCAAAGACCCAAGGCAUGCGCGCGAUGCCUCGAAAUCAUUCUUUGGUAACCUCAAAGCACCCAAAUCAUCACACAAGGCACAACGCUCAGAUAGUUCGGAGAACUCCACCGAACAUUCCAAGAGCAGAGGCAGCUCCAUAGAACGGAAGACACCAAUGGCUUCGAAACAAUACGAGUCAACGCCUGAUCUUCCAGGGGCACUUGCCCGUGCGAACGGAAACGAAAGGACUAGUUGGUUUCCCUCGCCAAAAAAUUGGAUCACGUCUGACAAAAUAACUACAGAUGGAAUCCCAGGCCACAACAAUUCGCAGCAAACAGGCGCCAAGAAAGUCGCUACAGAUCUAGAGUCUGCCAUGCCGAAGAAAAACAAACAACGAUUUGCAAACCUUUUGACCCGAUCUCGCUCCAUUCGAGUUGACGACUCCUCUGGAACCAGACCACCACGCCGACGCCCCUCUACUGGUCUAGGGAAACUUGAAGAAUUCGGUCAAAGCGCACCGACGAACGCGAAUCCACCCCGCUGUGCGACUGCGACUACGCCUGCGCGGCCUGAACGCACCAUCCAGGGAGGUUUGCGGCCUCCUGAGCGCUACGCCGACACCUUGUCUUUGCGAAAAGAGCGUAGCCAUGGUAACAUGGUUCCAUCGGGUUCGCUGAAUCAAGUUUCUGGCGCCUCGGCUACUAUAUUCAGCAAUCUGAAGUCUUCAUCAAGCGGCACUGCAGAUCGUAUUGGCAAAGCUGGGAAAGGGUUCUUUAGCAAGAUCACUCGCAGCGGCAGCACCAACGAGAGAGAAAUGAUCACCGAUGACUCUUACAUAUGCUCGGUGAUCAACCUCCCGCUCAUUGAGCAGGCGAGAAAGACCCGCAUUGCGAAGAGGAUUGAAGAUUGCCGAGACAAGACCGAGUUCUGGAUGCCUGCCUUGCCAUACCGUUCAAUUGAUUAUCUAAACUUUAAGGGUUGUGAGGAAGAAGGCCUUUACCGUGUUCCUGGUAGCGGCAGGGAGGUCAAGCACUGGCAACGACGAUUUGACACAGAACUCGACGUCGAUCUUUUUGAAGCCAAGAACCUCUAUGACAUCAAUACGGUUGGAUCUCUCUUCAAAGCUUGGCUUCGUGAGCUUCCGGAUGAGCUUUUCCCCAAAUCGACGCAAACGAUGAUUGCUCUGAAGUGCGAAGGCGCCACGACAGCACCCCAGCUACUUAAAGACGAGCUCUCUAAGUUACCACCAUACCAUUACUACCUCCUUUUCGCCAUCACCUGCCACCUCAACCUUCUUCACUCAUACGUAGACCAGAACAAAAUGGACUACCGGAACUUGUGCAUUUGCUUCCAGCCCUGCAUGAAAAUCGACGCAUUCUGCUUCCAAUUUCUGGUAUGUGACUGGAAGAACUGCUGGCAGGGAUGCUGGACCGAGAAAGAAUACCUUGAGAUUGAGAAAAAGAUGGACGCGCGCGACCUGCGGGUCUCAGUAGAGCUGGAGGCUGCCAAGGCAAAAGAACGAGCCUCUGCCAGCCAUGAACGUGCUAUCUCAUCUUCCAGCAGCAGCGCUGGAGAGGAAUCUCGGCAGCCUUCUCGGCAGCCUUCUCGUGAGCCACCUCGCCCAGAAAUCGAUCGCCCAGAAACCGAUCGCCCAGAAACCGCUCGCCCAGAAACCGCUCGCCCAGAAACCGCUCGCCCAGAAAUUGCUCGCCCAGAAACUGCUCGCACCCGAAAGGCUCCGCCGAAUAAUAUCGAGACGGCACACAACCGGAGCAUCUCUCAGCUUCCCGAGCUUGGCCCGCCUCUUUCUCCUAUCAAAAUCUAA